AUGGACUCCGGCCGUGGCAAUCUACCUCCUGCUCGGGAGUCAUGGUACUCGCCGCUCUCCAUAGACAUGCUCCUGAGGGUGCUCAACAUUACGAUUCUGCACCCGUUCGUUGCCUGGAUCAUCCCGCUCUGCUUCCGCGCCGAGCAUCAUGCCUGGGACACCAAGCCCAUGCAGGUCACCAUGGCCUGGGCCUGCUUCGUCACGUUCCUAUGGGCCGCCGAUGUCAUCUCGCACAAGGUCGCGUACGGCAUGCACCGCGAGGUCGACCUCGGCGAGGAGGUCAUUGUCAUCACUGGCGGUGCUAGUGGUCUCGGCCUGCUUAUCGCAGAGGUAUACGGCAUGCGCGGCGCCACCGUCGCGGUGCUCGACAUUGCGGACCACCUCGAGAACCCGGAGGCGCGAGGUGUGACAUACUAUAAGUGCGACGUCGGCGACAAGAAGCAGGUUCAGAAGGUCGCUGCCGAGAUUGAGCGUGAUCUCGGUGCCCCCACGGUUCUGAUCAACAAUGCGGCCGUCGUGCUCGGAAAGCGCCUGCUCGACAUGUCUCUUGACGAGGCCGAGAGGAGCUUGACGACCAACCUGCUCGCACACUUCUACACCCUCCGCACCUUCCUGCCCGGCAUGACCCGCAACGAGGUCGGCGGCACCAUUGUCACCGUCUCCUCUGUCAUCGGCCACAUGGGUGCCGCUGGCCUGACUGACUAUGCGGCAGCCAAGGCUGGCGUCACUGCACUGCACAAGUCGCUCCAGGCGGAGCUCAAGUACGAGUACCCAGAGAUCAAGACCAUCCUCGUGACCCCUGGCCAGCUCAGCACGCCUCUCUUCUACGGAGUCCAGACGCCCAGCAACUUCUUCGCGCCCGUGGUCGAGCCCAUUGACGUGGCCAAGGAGAUCAUCAAGAACAUCGACCUCGGACUGAGCGGGCACGUUGGGCUGCCGCUGUACUCGCGCUGGGCUGACUGGUACAAUGUCGUGCCCGUGGGCGUGCAGACGAUCCUGCGCCGGCUGUCGGGCAUCGACGCUUCCAUGUCAAGCUUUGUCGGCCGCCGGGGUGCGGCGCUGUCCGGGGAUGCGGAUGUGGAGACCACCGAAACCUCGAGCAAGAGCAAGAGCACGAGCAAGAAGGCUGGCAAGUGA